AUGCCCUGCGACGAGGGACUGGUGCGGCGGCUGCUCGGCCCUACGGCGCAGGCCAGUGCACUGCCCGAGGUGCUGCGUGCGUACGAAAAAGAGGUAGGCGUGCCCAUGAUCCCCCCCGCGCUUGCUCCGCAGAUCGAGCAGUUCUCGAAAGAGAAUGCGGCGCUGGAAAUUGGGUGCGAUACGUUUCUCGACCUGGUCAAGUCGCUCGACACACACGAGUCCGACUCAGACGUUGAGAAUGUGCUGGACAACAGCCUUGUACAGGACCUCAGCUCGCCGGACACGACGUGGGAGUUCGAGGUGCCCGAGACGCCUGUGAAGCACUCUAGCCCUUUUGCGCUACGCACGGCAGGCGUAACGCGCAGCGCCUUGUCGGAGCGCGACGUGCGCGCGGCCGGCGGUGACGAGCGGCGGUCAGCGCUGAUUCGCAAGCUGGCGCACGUCAACGAUGCCCUGGAGCGCCUCCAGGCGGAGCACGACGAGGUCGUGACACAGAAGGAGAGGCAGGACCAUGUCGUGCACACGCUCGAGCGCCAGUGUGCGUCGCUUCAGCGCGAUCUGCGCGAGGCACAGGCCCAGGAGCAGAUACACAAUGCCAAGGCCACCGAACUCGAGCAGCACGCCAAGCAUCUCCGGGAGAAGCACCAUGCCGAGACGAAAAAGGCACGGCGUGCGCAGGCGGACCUCGAGCGGAAUGUCGCGCUGGCCUCGGCACUCGAAGGCGAGGCCAAGGCGCACGAGGACGAGGUUGUGCGUCUGCAGAAGCAGUGUGCGUCGUACGUGGCCAAUACAAAUGCUCUGCAAGAGACCUGCGAAGCGCAGCGUGCUGCGAUUGCGGGCCUCGAAGAGGCCGUCGAUACGCUCGAGCAGGCACACGUCGCUGCUGAGCGGCUGCGUGUAGAGUACGACACGUUCCAGGCGAUGCACGCGGAGCUCGAGAACGAGCUUGCGUCACUCAAGACGGGUCGAUGCGAGUCGCCCAUGGUGCUUGCGAUGGAGCUUGCCAGUAUCGGCAGGCGGGCGCGGGCGCAGAGUGCGCCUCCCCUGCCGAAAGGCUGGGAACGUGGACCUGGCGAAGUGACGCUGGGCGACAGCGGAGCAGAGGCGCCUAGCGAGCUGGCCGACGACCACGAGCCCGAGGCGGGCGCCGCCCAGGCCAAUGAGCACACCGAUACCGUGCUCGAGCACGCCGACAAGGUCAACGAGCAGGCCGACAUUGUGCACGAGCAGGUCGACAAGGUGCAUGAUCAGCUCCACAAGGCCAGCGAUCAGGUCCAGAAAGCCAGCGAUCACGCCAAGGCGAGCGACCAUGCGCUGGAAAUUGCGCCCAGCAACGAACCCCAUGAUGCCCCUACCCCUAAUGCGCACAAUUCUGUGCUUUCCCUUACGUCGCAAGCGCCGCUUUUUUCUGCACCCCCCUCGGUGCCCUAUUCUGCGCAGCACGAAAGCUUGCCUGCUUUCGGCGCGCGGUCCAAGUGGCCGUCUCCUCUCCCGGCGCAUUCGUUUUCGUAUGGCGUCUUUCUUGUUGUCGGCAUCUGGCUGGGCAUGUGGAUGUACUCCCUCGCCCUGCGCCGCGCCUCGCCCCUGCAUGCCUGCUGGGCCGAGGCGAAUCUGCUGCACGACCCCCUUGCCUUGCCGGGCACCCCGGGCGGCGAAGCGUCGCUCUGGUUUGAUCUGUAUCGUAGUGCGUUGUAA